GGAGGCGUGACGAAUGGUUUAUAAAUACGGCUACAGAUCGAGAUGGGGCAGAAUGGAUCUAAAGGUUUAAAAAAAAAAAGCCGGCCGGGCUUUAGGCUGUAAGCUUAAAACUACAGUAUUUUAUGUUGAGGUUUUAUUGUAGUCUGUUGUCACAGUUAGCUAACUCUGUUUAGCCGUUUAGCCACGAAGCCUUUUUCUGGAGGUAAACAAGCUACAGACAGACACAGGUCACAGGCUGUCGGCUGUCAAUAACAAGCUAUGGCAAUCGAUAAAUCCAAAGUCGCUAUUGGGUUUAUAGUAGCAGGGAUCCUCACGGUGUUUUUUGGGACGGUUCUUACCUUUGUAGGACCAAUAAUCAUCGACGAACAAGUAGUAAAGAACACAGUGAUCGACCCAAAUAAUGAAAUGUCCUACACCAUGUGGAAGGACGUCCCCGUGCCGUUCUACAUGUCUGUGUAUUUCUUUAACAUCCUCAACCCGAAAGAGAUCCUGAACGGAGAGAAGCCCAUGGUGGAGCAGAAAGGACCUUAUGUAUACAGAAAACAUAUUCAGAAAGACAACAUCACAUUUCAUGCCAACGGCACCGUGUCCUACAGGGAGUACAGAAAGUACUUCUUUGAGCCGUCCAUGUCUUCAGGGAACGAGUCCGAUGUCGUCACGAUUCCAAACAUGUUGGUGCUGGGUGCAGCCAUCAUGAUGGAGAACCUGCCCUUCCCGGUGCGUCUAAUGAUGAGCGCCACCUUCAAGACUUUCAAAGAGGGGCCCUUCCUGACCAAGGCAAUAGGGGAGCUGAUGUGGGGUUAUGACAGUGGUCUGGUUGAUUUCCUCAAUAAAUACCUGCCCGGCAUGCUGCCCACAUCGGGGAAGUUUGGACUCUUUGCUGACUUCAACGGCUCCGACACCGGCCUGUUCACCAUCAACACCGGAAAAGACGACAUCAGGAAAGUCCACAAAGUGGACUCGUGGAACGGCCUGACGGAGCUGAACUACUGGAGGACUCCUCAGUGUAACAUGAUCAAUGGAACAGCUGGACAGAUGUGGCCUCCCUUCAUGACCAGAGAGAGCACGUUACCUUUCUACAGCCCCGACGCCUGCAGAUCCAUGGAGCUUGUUUACCAGCGUGACGGACAGAUGAAGGGUAUCCCUCUGUAUCGAUAUGUUGCACCCAAGACUCUGUUCGCCAACGGGACGGAUUACGCUCCCAAUGAAGGCUUCUGCCCCUGUAGGCAGUCCGGUCUGCUGAACGUCAGCAGCUGCCGACACAACUCUCCAGUCUUCAUCUCUCAUCCUCACUUCUUCAAUGCUGAUCCUGUGCUGCUGGACUACGUUCUGGGACUUAAUCCCACAGAGGACGAGCACGGCCUCUUCAUAGACAUCCACCCUCUAACGGGCGUUCCUCUGAAUGUGUCCAUCCGCCUGCAGCUCAACCUCUAUAUGAAGAGAGUGUCAGGAAUUACAGAAACUGGGAAAAUUUCUGAGGUGGUGAUGCCAAUGAUCUGGUUCGAGGAGAGCGGCUACAUAGACGGCCCCAUCCUCACCAACUUCCACACAAACCUGGUUAUCCUGCCGUCUGUGAUGGAGUACAUGCAGUACGGCUUCAUCACCCUCGGCCUGGUUACCAUAGUAAUCGCCGCCCUGGUGCAUCACAAAGUGAAGACACAGAGAAGUAAACGGGAAGGUGGCACCCCAUCAGAGGGAAACCCAAGCACUUCAACCGGAGAGAAAGAUCCACUGCUAGAAGAUGAUGCAGACUGAAACACACACACACACACACACACACACACACACACACACACACACACACACACACACACACACACACACACACACACAGCUGGCGUUGUGGACUCCCUCUCAGCCAUUAUUCCACUAACUUGAACUGAAACACUGACACAUGGUGCUCCGCUCUGUAUAUUUCAAUGAGUCUUGCGCACAAGUGAAGCGAUGCCAUAUUCUUUUUUACCUUUCUGUGACGUUGAUGACGCUCCAAGACUCAAAGACUCGCUUCAUUAAGUCUGUGUCGAAGCAGUCGGGGUUGAAACACAACAAGUUAAGAUGCUCUGUCAUUUAAAACCACUUUUAUUUUGUACAAAAACUACCACAGAAAACACUAUUUCCAGUUCAUUUUGCCCUGCUCACGGUUCGAUGAUCGGAAACAUUUCAUAGUAGUAUCACUUCGUUAGUAGACAGUUACUGUGCUGGCUGUUUUCCUGUGAUUUUUUUUUUUUUUUUUAAAGAAAUGUUUCUGCAUCAACAACAAGGGAACUGACGGGUAGAACGGCUGACUGCCUGGUGUAAAGUAUUUUACUACCUAUGUGCCUUUUUAUCAAGGAGGAAACCCUUCUCGCUCACCUCCGGGUCUUUGUAUUUAAUGUGACUGUUCAACACUGGGGAGUUAAAAUCGAAGAAUUAAACGCUCUUCUGUCAAUCAGUGAAUCGGGCAGAGCGGAAGCAUUCCUAUUUGUUUACUACUGUCCUCUGUAAAGGUGUGAAUAUAUUUCGUGAAAUAGACGUGAAUUGUGACGUUUGUGUCAAAUGUCUCCUUUAUUAUAAAGAAGUGAAUGAAUGAAGAGAAACUUAGAGGUAAUAAAUGUUUGUUUAAAAUCCCA